AAAGACAUCGGCCUCCACCUGUUCAAAUACGGCGGAGUGCACCGGAAACGUCAAAACACAGGUUCUCCGGCGACCAGAUUUGAAUUUAGUCAACGCAUCGGACGGCCGGAUGGGGCCGUGCCAAUGAAUGUGGUUUUGUUUCCCUCGGGGCUUCUCUGAUUGAUUCCCCGCGGAACACGCCUCUCUCUCUCUCCCUCUCCCUCUCCCCCUCCUCCAAAAUAUCCAUUUUCUCUCUCGAAGUAUUUCCGUUUCUCUUUCUACCGUACGAAAUUAUUUUCUUCUCUGUUUUCUUCUUUCUGUAUCCAGCGUGGUUUCAUUUCAUCUUUUACAGCCUCCAGCCCCUCCUCGCUUUCUCUCCGCCCGGCGCACCGAAAUCUCGGUUGCUUUAUAUCUGGCAGCUCACAAUUCGCUCGGGAUUUGGGCUUCUGUCGGAAUUACGGGGGAAUUUCGACACAGAGAGUGGUUUCUGAUUCUCUGUUCGAUUUUCUCCGUUUAAAUUUCGAGUUCUCUAGGCAGUUUCGUUGUUUGGGAAAUGCGUUCAUGCAGCUCACGUAGAAAGGCACUGAAUUUAUGCGGUUUCUGAGUUUUGGGGAUUCUCGAGAUGGACAGUUCGGAGACAUAGAUCUGUGCAUUUUGCAGUUUAAAGUGAAUAUCCGUGUUUGGAAUAGUUAAUUAGUUAAAUUAUUGCGAAUUUGUGUUCAACUGCUUGAUAAAGAGGCCGUCGCAAUGGCUCUGCAAUUGAGUGCUGUCAUGGGAAAAUUGAACAUGCUAUCAACUUCAGAUCACGCUUCCGUGGUGUCCAUGAAUCUAUUCGUCGCGCUUUUGUGUGCUUGUAUUGUGAUUGGUCACCUUCUGGAAGAAAAUCGGUGGAUGAAUGAGUCUAUUACCGCUCUUGCUAUUGGUCUGUGUACUGGGGUUGUGAUUUUACUGACUAGUGGAGGAAAAAGCUCACAUCUUUUUGUCUUCAGUGAAGAUCUGUUCUUCAUUUAUCUUCUUCCACCAAUCAUUUUUAAUGCUGGGUUUCAGGUGAAAAAGAAGCAAUUUUUCCGUAACUUCAUGACUAUCAUGCUGUUUGGUGCUGUUGGUACAUUAAUAUCUUGGAGCAUCAUAUCAUUAGGUGUCACACAAUUCUUUAAAAAAUUGGAUAUUGGUUCCCUGGAUAUAGGGGAUUAUCUAGCAAUUGGUGCAAUAUUUGCUGCGACAGAUUCUGUUUGCACAUUGCAGGUGCUUAAUCAGGAUGAGACACCUUUACUCUACAGUCUGGUAUUCGGGGAAGGUGUUGUAAAUGAUGCUACAUCAGUGGUGCUUUUCAAUGCAAUUCAGAGCUUUGACCUUACCCAUAUCGAUCCCAGAAUUGCUUUGCAGUUUACUGGCAACUUCUUCUAUUUAUUUUUCACAAGCACUAUGCUUGGAGUGUUAGCUGGGCUGCUUAGUGCUUACAUUAUCAAAAAGCUGUAUUUUGGCAGGCACUCCACAGAUCGUGAGGUUGCCCUUAUGAUGCUUAUGGCUUACCUUUCUUAUAUUCUUGCCGAAAUGUUUUAUUUGAGUGGCAUUCUCACAGUAUUUUUCUGUGGCAUUGUAAUGUCCCAUUACACCUGGCACAAUGUGACUGAGAGCUCAAGAGUGACUACCAAGCAUGCUUUUGCAACGCUGUCAUUUGUUUGUGAGAUUUUUAUUUUCCUUUAUGUUGGUAUGGACGCCCUUGACAUUGAGAAGUGGCGAUUUGUCAGCGAUAGCCCGGGAACAUCAGUUGCAGUGAGUUCUAUACUGCUCUGUCUGGUUCUAAUUGGGAGGGCAGCCUUUGUUUUCCCUCUCUCCUUUUUGUCCAACUUAGCUAAGAAAUCUCCAAAUGACAAAAUCAGCUUCAGGCAGCAAAUUAUAAUUUGGUGGGCUGGUCUCAUGAGAGGUGCCGUAUCUAUGGCUCUAGCUUACAAUCAGUUUACAAGGUCAGGGCAUACUCAGUUGCGAGGGAAUGCGAUUAUGAUUACCAGCACCAUAACUGUUGUCCUUUUCAGCACAACGGUAUUUGGUUUGAUGACUAAGCCUCUUAUAAGGUUUUUGCUGCCUGCAUCAAAACACACGGCGAGCGUGCUCUCAGAUCCAUCCACUCCAAAGUCAUUCACCAUUCCACUUCUAGGAGGUGGGCAGAAUUCCGAUGCAGAUUUCGGUGGCCAUGAAAUUCGCCGACCAACCAGCCUACGGAUGCUCCUGGCCACCCCAACUCACACCGUACAUUACUACUGGCGCAAGUUUGAUGAUGCCUUCAUGCGUCCGGUGUUUGGCGGGCGUGGUUUUGUUCCAUUUGUUCCUGGCUCACCAACAGAGCGAAGUAAUGGCCAAUGGGAAUGAGGAGAUGAAUAUGUACAAAGUACAAUUAUGUCAAUUUCAUCUUGAAGAGCAAUGAAGAACAAUGCAUUGCAUUUGGUAUUACUCUUCCGUGAGCAGUAAUUUCCGUGAGAUUUUGGUUUGGUGGCACAGACUUAUAUAACAUUCUGUUGUUGUAUCUGUGAUUGUAUAAAAUGGAGUUUGCCUGUGCAUGUCCUUUGCACCCAGUGGUUGAUUCUUCACAAUUUUUCUAUAACUGUUUGUAAGAUUUUAGAAUUUAAGCUAUUGAAAAUUGUAAUGUUAGCAUUUGGUUAUAA